UCGCGCGUUCAGUUACGGUCCGGUGUUUGCACGGAGUGGUUCAAAGCGAAGCAAAAUCAAACAGCACUGUCACGAUAGAGUUAAGGGCGAAAAAACACGCCAGAAGCCAACGACUUGCCGAACGACAGUGUGACGUCGUGUGUGUCUUUGAGUGCAGCUUACAGUUACAGGGUGCAGCAGUACAAUGCAAAGUUUACAUAACAUCGGCCAAACGCCGUACCAGAAGGCACUGAGCGGGAAACCACCAUCCAGCGCCAGAACGCCGAAACGGCCCCUCGAAACGGUCAGCUUCGUUGCGUCCGUGGUGCUUGAUGUUGUGACAUUUUUCGUCCUGCUAGUACCGAUUAUCGUCCAGUUCUUCGUCGGUCUGACGCGCAAAGCUUCGAGGAAGAACAUUUCCGGCUGGACGGCACUCGUUACCGGUGGUGCGAACGGGCUCGGACGCGACAUCUGUCUGCAGCUGGCCGAGACCGGUUGCCAUAUAGCCGUGGUCGACCUGGACGAUGUCAACGGAGCGCAAACGGUGGCGGACAUUAGGAAGCUGGGCGUGAAGGCACAAUUCUUUAAGGCCGAUGUUUCGUCGUUCGAGGCCGUGGCCAGCCUGAAGCGGGAGGUUUCGUCCAAACUGGGUCCGAUCGAUAUUCUCGUGAACAAUGCCGGUGUCCUGCCGCUGAUGUCCUUGCGCGAGGGCACCCCGGAAGAUCUGAAGAAGGUGAUCGAAAUCAAUCUGCUGUCCCAUCUCUGGACACUGCGCCUGUUUACCGAUGAUAUGAUCCAACGAAAACGAGGCCACAUCGUGGCGAUCGCUUCAAUAGCCUCAUACCUGCCAACCGAGCGUAUGAUUACAUACGUCGCCUCAAAGUACGGCGUACGGGGGCUGAUGGGUUCGUUUGCCAGCGAGCUGCAUAAUGAGGGCGUGGACGAGUACGUACGAACCACCACCGUCUACCCGUGCUUCAUCAAAACACGGCUCGAGCUGAUGGAUGCGCUGAAGAAAAUGGGCAUCAAAAAUCGGGUUCCCAUCCUGCGCAGUGAAACGGUGGCACGUGCAGUUGUGGGAGGCAUUCUUUACAACAAGACGCACGUGUACUUGCCGAAAGUGAUUGGUCCCUUUGUUGGAAUUUAUGAGAAUCUUCCAUCUUCGGUAGCACAUUUGGCAAAGCGGUGUCUCCUUAGGACCGACAUUCCGAACGUCAUGGAACGAUAAGGGUGUACCUGUGAUCGAGCUUUACCUUUCAUCCUUACCUUCACAGCCUUUUAUGAAGUAUUUUAAGCCUGUUUACCUACCUGUAAAGAUGUAGCAUUGCUACGCCGUCUAAAAAUAAAAAGACUCUACCUAUCUUUAAAAUAUUUUUUUGUUGAGGUACGCCUGUUAACAUGUUCACAAUGAAUUAACGCUGUACGUGAAUAUUUAAGAAGAAAAGAAAUAAACGAUUGCUCAGGGAAUUUACAAAUGGCAACAAAAAAUUAGGCAUUGAUAAAACACAUACAUAUUCGAGAACAACCUUCCCUUUCAAACAAUUUGAAGAGCUUCGGUUGAUUGUCACGAUUGUGCGUCAUAAGUGAAUUAUUAAUAUUCUCGCGCAAUGAUUGCAUUAAACAUGGCUGUAUGAUGUAAGUCUAAUAAGCCAAUAUAUAGCUUGCAUUCCGAUUUUAAUUGCGGACAACAUUUGUUGAUAACCUAAAGCACCAGGACGAACCAAAUGUGUCAAGAGCAAUUCCCGGCUAUUGUAUUUGUGAGAUUGACACGUGAUUCUUUUUUUCAUGGAAAAAUUCAAUUUAAAUUCAAAU